GCGUAACUCAAUAAUUUUCGAAGGAAUUAAUAAUUAAAAAUUAUUUCGCAUUACGCUCGAAAAAAAAUUCUGCGAGAACAAUUUCAAGUUUCAGACUGAUUACUAAAGGAAGUUAUUUUUAAAAAUCACCGCAACCGACCACGUUUAAGGUCAUUGCCAAAACGAACAUCUCCUUCUUGCGUCCUACAUUUACACGAGUGUACCUGUGUGUGUGUGAACUCUGCGUAAAUACAUCGUUGUGUUUAUAUUAUGGUUUGUGACAUUCGUGUAGGGCAUGAUUAUCAAUGUAACGCACAUUAUAGAAGCAUAAAGAAUUAUUAAUGUGAAGUAAUUGCGUUUAUUGCAAUCCAGAACGGUUAAACAGACAGCCGCAAGCUGGCACGUUUCAAAGUAUACUUCAGAAGAUUAAGGACUAGUGUAUGAUUAUUAAAUAACCAAAUAAUUUUUCUGUGUCAUUUGAACUAUCAUGGCUAUCUCUUCAGCACUUGUUGGAACGUUUAGUGCUAUAAUAUGCAAGAAAACAUUCUUGCAUUUAAGAAAAGGCUCACAAAUGGGCCUUCACAAUAUUAGGACAUAUUUAACUAAAACAUCUAAAGAACCAUUUUUAAAUGGAAGUUCUUCAGCUUAUGUGGAAGAAAUGUAUAAAGCUUGGUUGAAAGAUCCAAAUAGUGUACAUAAAUCUUGGGAUGCUUUCUUCCGAAACACAUCAGAAGGUGCUGAACCUGGUGUUGCUUAUCAGAGCCCACCCCUAGCUCCCAUCCAGUAUGUCCAAGUUCCUCUGGAUCACAUUCAAGGUACAGCUCUUACAUCGCUUACUCCCUCUGCAGUUUCAGCUCAGCAUGUGGAACCAAGGGGCAUUGAAGAUCAUCUUUCAGUUCAGGCCAUCAUACGUUCUUACCAAGUUCGUGGCCAUCUUGUUUCCAAAUUAGAUCCUUUAAAUAUUACAGCUGCUAAUAUUCAUUCUCCAUUCUCAGAAGGUUCUCCCAGUUCUCCUCAAGUUGUGUUGAGAAGCUACCAGUUGGAGGAAAAAGAUAUGGAUCGUCUCUUCAAACUUCCUGGCAGUACUUUUAUUGGUGGAGAUGAGAAUGUCCUGUCUCUAAGAGAGAUUCUUAAACGCUUAGAGGAUGUAUACUGUGGCCAUAUUGGUAUAGAAUAUAUGUUCAUUAACAGUCAGGAACAAUGCACCUGGAUUCGAAAAAAAUUUGAAACACCUGGUGUAUUAAAUUUCACUAAAGAACAGAAAAGACUGUUAAUGGCUCGUCUUAUUCGAUCCACGAAAUUUGAAGAAUUUUUAGCACGAAAAUGGGUAUCAGAGAAGCGAUUUGGUUUAGAAGGUUGUGAAGUACUUAUACCAGCUAUGAAAACUGUCAUCGAUCGAGCUAGUGAACUGGGUAUUGAAAGUAUUGUCAUAGGAAUGCCACACAGAGGAAGACUUAAUGUUCUGGCAAAUGUUUGUCGAAAACCUUUGGAGCAGAUAUUUGCACAAUUCAGUGGCCUGGAGCCAGCUGAUGAGGGUUCUGGUGACGUAAAAUAUCAUUUGGGCAUGUGUCAUGAACGAUUAAAUAGAGUAACAAACAAAAAUAUUAAACUUGCAGUAGUUGCUAACCCAUCUCAUCUGGAAGCUGUUGAUCCUGUGGUGCAAGGAAAGACUCGCGCUGAACAAUUUUACCGUGGUGAUACUCAAGGGAAAAAGGUGAUGAGUAUCUUGCUUCAUGGUGAUGCUGCUUUCUCAGGUCAAGGUGUUGUGUAUGAAACUUUCCAUUUAAGUGAUUUGCCAGAUUAUUCUACUCAUGGUACUAUUCAUAUUGUUGUGAAUAAUCAGAUCGGAUUUACUACAGAUCCUCGAAGAUCAAGAUCUUCACCAUAUUGUACUGAUGUAGCAAGAGUUGUAAAUGCUCCAAUUUUCCACGUUAAUGCUGAUGAUCCUGAAGCAGUAGUUCAUGUCUCAAAUGUGGCUGCUGAAUAUCGUGCAAAAUUUGGAAAGGAUGUUGUAGUUGAUUUGGUUUGUUAUCGUCGAAAUGGUCACAAUGAAAUAGAUGAGCCGAUGUUUACACAGCCAUUGAUGUACACAAAAAUCAGAAAGCAGCUUCCAGUUCUUGAAUUAUAUAGCAGGUAUCUUGUUGAACAAGGUAUGGUCACUGAGAAAGAAAUUGAGGAAGAGGAAGCACGGUAUGAAGCUAUACUUCAAGAAGCAUACAAUAAUGCUGAGAAGGAUAUCAGAAUGUACAAUACUGAUUGGCUCGAUUCGCCCUGGAAAGGUUUCUUUGUAAACAAAAGUCCUCAUAAGUGUGAUCCUACUGGUGUCGAUGAAGGUAUUUUGCGUCAUAUUGGUGUUGCAUUCAGUUCCCCGCCACCUGGAAAUUUCAAAACACAUCCCGGUAUUAAGAGAAUUCUCAAGUCUCGAAUGGAAAUGGUUGACAACCGUGUUGUAGACUGGGCUCUGGCUGAAGCAUUAGCUUUCGGAUCUUUAUUGAAAGAUGGUAUUCAUGUUAGGCUUAGUGGUCAAGACGUUGAACGUGGUACAUUCAGUCACCGUCAUCAUGUACUUCAUCAUCAAACUAUUGACAAAACCACCUAUAGACCUUUAUGUCAUUUGUGGCCUGACCAAGCUCCUUAUACUGUGUGUAAUAGUUCACUUUCUGAAUAUGCUGUCUUAGGAUUUGAGCUGGGAUUUUCAAUGACUAAUCCAAAUGCACUUGUUAUGUGGGAAGCUCAGUUUGGAGAUUUCAUGAAUACUGCUCAGUGCAUUAUUGAUCAGUUUAUUAGCAGCGGCCAAGCAAAAUGGGUCCGCCAAAGUGGCAUUGUUUUGUUACUUCCUCAUGGAAUGGAGGGAAUGGGUCCAGAACACUCUAGUGCAAGACCAGAACGCUUCCUUCAGUUGUGCAAUGAAGAAAUGGAAGUUUUUCCUACUAUUGAUGAAGACUUUUCAGUGCGUCAGUUACAUGACUGUAACAUGAUAGUUGUUAACUGCAGUACACCUGCAAAUUACUUUCAUGCUUUAAGACGACAAAUAGCUUUGCCAUUUAGGAAACCUGUAAGUCAUCAUUGAUGUGGCAAUUGUAAA